AUGGGACCGUUCUUCACAAACACGAAGAAAUCCAAGGCGAAGGGCAGUACAUACAGCAGGAUAAACGACGACGGCGCUCAAGACGUUCGGACUUACAAUACCGACACUACUUCCGCUACUUUGUCUCAACGACUGGUAAACACCACUGACGCGAGAUACCAACCUGAAAUGACCAGAGCGAUGAAGCGUGCGAUCGAUGCGGAGGAUCCAUUCGCUAGUCCAAACGACCCUCCGACCCUCCCAUUCGGUUCGUCUUCCUCGAAUUCGAAGUUGCAGUCCGUCAGUGGGGAAACACCUCCGGACGUCCAGGGAAAUCGCCACCAAGUUACGAACACCCCAUUCCAUAGCCCUUCCGUUCAUGGGCACGUCCAAUCGACGAGCACGACGACGAGCGCCGUUUCCACGAACAGCCGUAACGCGCGAAGCUUUAUGGUAGAAGGCAGCGACAAUAGGUUCCUGUAUAACGAUGGGAGCGAAGGCGACUUGAGGGACCACUGGUGUCGCGAAGGGUUGAUAGCGAAGCUCAGCAAGAAGGAAGGCCUUGAGAGCCCUGAGGCAGUUUGGAGAGCGAGAAUUCUGGCGAAGAAAUAUGCUCGAGAGCAACGAAAGAGUGACGGCUUCGGGGUUCCCUGGGGUGAGAAGGAGGGUAAUGAGUAA